GUAAAAUACACGUAGUUAAACUGUCGGUUACGUAGGUUGGGGACUACAGUGUAACCCUUAUUUUUUGAAGUUUAACUAGUAGUAGUUUAUUUGUGCUAUGUUUGCACAAGGUUUAAUUUGAAAAUUUUGGUGAACCAACAUUUGCAUGUUAGUGUUGCGGUUGCAGUGUUAUCUGGCUCAGAUGAAGUUUAUGGAUACUUCGUCGUAAACGACUUGAUCUUUACAAAUAUUAAAGUUAGAGUUAACGUCAGUCUUAUUUUUGGCAAGUUUUGUGCGUUUCGACCUGUUGGAUUUUAAUAAAUCAGUACUACUGAUACUGUGGGUAACGACUGCCAAUGUAAUGAGUAAUGUGGCCUAAUUGAAACGGGAAUGUCUGCCCAGUCUGCUUUCUCUCUGAAAAUGAGUUGAAUUUUGUAAUACUGACAUUAACUGAAAGUGACUUUAGACUUAUUAAAACGUUGACAUUCGUUCUUUUGGGUUGUGAGGGAGAAUAUUUUCAAUAGAUAAAAUUCAUUAAUAUGAUAGCCAAAAGAUAAAAAAAGAAAAAACAUUAACAAUCUUAUGUUUUGCAGCUUGAGUCGCAUUUUAUUCGUUGACCAUGUGAUGAAAGAAAGUUUGAAAACUAUAUACUAAUAUUUGAUGGAAAAUGAUGGAAUUCAAGUGACCACUAUGGAAAAAUGUAUACAGUUAACAAUAACGUAGAGUAUUAUUUUUUAAGUAAGAAAAUUGCAAUAAUGUCAGAGCUGACUGAAGCACAUGAUUGUCUAUAAGGUAUAAUAAAUUUUUGAAUAUAUUAGACUAAAGAGAGAAUUUGUGGUGAUUAUAAAUUUAGUUUAAAAUAUAGUUUCUACUUGAACAUUUGAAGAAGAGUGCCAAUGAAGCCUAUGUUCAAUCAACCAAUGCCAGGAGGUCCACCUGGUGACCCUUUUUAUUCUUCGCCAUUUUCUUCUUAUUUCAGACGCCACACUCCAUAUUUUGGACAACCAGACUAUAGAAUAUAUGAAAUGAAUAAACGAUUACAAUUACGAACAGAGGAUAGUGACAAUUUGUGGUGGGACACAUUUGCCACAGAAUUUUUUGAAGAUGAUGCAACACUGACAUUGACAUUCUGUUUAGAAGAUGGGCCGAAACGAUACACAAUAGGUCGUACCUUAAUUCCUCGGUACUUCCGGAGCAUAUUUGAAGGAGGAGUAACAGAUUUAUAUUAUAACCUGAAGCAUCCUAAGGAAUCCUUCCAUAAUACAACUAUUACCCUUGACUGUGAUCAGUGCUCCAUGGUCACUCAUCACGGGAAACCCAUGUACAAUAAAGGACUUGUAGGAGGCCAAUACCCCAAUGAUCCUAUGAAAGAACAAAUGGCUAGAGAAAAUGCUGUUGUGGUUUGCACUGAAGGAAGACUAAUACUUGAAUUUACUUUUGAUGACUUGAUGAGGAUAAAGUCUUGGCACUUUGCUACACGAGCUCAUAGAGAGCUUGUCCCACGUAGUGUUGUUGCCAUGCAGACUCAACAACAGGAUCCAUCGCUAUUAGAACAGUUGUCAAAAAACAUCACUAGACAAGGAUUGACAAACUCAACAUUAAACUACCUCAGGCUUUGUGUUAUCCUAGAGCCAAUGCAAGAGCUUAUGUCUCGUCAUAAAGCUUAUGCACUUAGUCCUCGAGAUUGUCUGAAAACCACAUUAUUUCAGAAGUGGCAGAGAAUGGUGGCGCCCCCUGGUUCCACCUACCGCGGCCAUCCAAAUGACCUAAAAUCACCUCAGGAUGUAGAAACUCAACGACCCCCAAGUAAACGACGCAAGCGAAAAUCUUCAGCAGCAAAUAGUGGAACUGGCAAGAAAAAAAAUAUUGCCUCCCCUGGGCCUGCAAAUUUUUCACUUGCAUCACAGGAUGUUAUGGUUGUUGGAGAACCAUCUCUGAUGGGAGGAGAAUUUGGAGAUGAAGAUGAGCGACUUAUUACUCGUCUGGAAAAUACACAAUAUGAUGCGUCAUCAGCUGCUGCCAAUGGGCUAGAGGAUGGAGAGGACUACUCCAGUAACCCAAUUAAUUCUGUGUCAAGUUCAAAUGCUUCUGCCAUGUCAACUUGGUCUGGACCACACACAGGGGGAGCUGGGCAGGAUCGAAAUUCUACUUCAACAGGAGGUGGAGGAACAACUACAAAUGGCCCCCAGUCAUCUAAACAGGAUGAUAAGAAAUCAUCACCAUCCAUAAGCCAGUAAUCACCCCCACACACCCAGAAUUUUGAGAGCUAGUCAGGCAAUUUUGGACAGUAUACAUUUAUUGUGAAUGUCCUGAUUUUCUCCUGGCAUGAAGUUUUGUGGAAACAAAUUUUUAAACUAUUUACUUCAACUAUAUGUUAUUUGUACUGAAAGCAUCUAAAUGAUUUCUUCCAAGUAAUAGUAAACCACCUGAGGUAAAUUGAAGACACAACUGACAGACUGGAAUUCAUGUUUAUGUUUUCAUGAAUUUUAGGAACUGCAGAGCCAGUGAUAAUUGUACAGAAUUGUCAUUUUAUUUAGUCAACAACGAUAUCUUGAAAUAUUUUAUCAGUUUUUAAUAAUUAAAUUGGGCCCAUUUAAUUUUAAGUAAUUUUUUUUUACUUUAAUUUUUUACAAGUACAGUUCAAACAUGAAGUCCAAAAUUUUGUGAACUCUUACCACAGUGUCAAAAUUUGACAUAUGUGAUUUUACUUGUUUGUAUUAUUUAAAGUCUGUUCUCAAAAGUUUUCAUGUGGGUUAAAAGUGUCAACAAUAAUAAAAGUGUAUCUGAACACUUAGAACUUGUAUCAAUAUUAAUCGGUUUUUAUUUCUUCCUAUAAUAUAUAUAUAUAUUAUACUGAGUAAACAAGAUGACUAGCAAGUCAUUUAAUAGAAGACAAAAAAAAACUCUUAAAUGAGCAAAUGCUCAAACUGAAAUGUACAACAGUAGCACCUAUGGCAGUCCUGUCAGUUACACAUUUUUGAAAAUUUAUUGUAUUAAGUAACUUUUUAUAGUUUAUGCUUUAUAGUUUAUUGAUUGUGCAUGGCUUAAACAAUAGAAACAUUUACACCUAUGACUGAACCAAGAAACCUGAAUUUUAAAAGCCAGGAAAGAAAGUUAACCAUCUUGAUUGGUGUGUACUGCCUUUUAAAAAUCUAUGACUUGAGCCAGAUCUACUUAUGUAAUUGCUGCUGUCAUCUAUGUUGUAACUGCUUCUGUUCAGUGUAAUUCAGCAAAUAUUAGUUAAACUUAGGUGACAGAAGAAUGAUAUGUGUGUUUCUAACAGUGCUAUGCCCAUUUGCUUGUUGGCUAUGAAAGUUUUACACUUAACUUUCAUAUAGGUUUAUGAAUUUUCAACAAACUUCCUACAGAUAAUUAGUCUUGUACCACUACAUGUAUAAAGAAUGUUAAACAUUUACAGAAGAAUACUGAAUUUCUAAUUUGGGGCAUACUUAUAGGUAAAAUUGCUCAACCUAAGCCCAGUAAGCAAGUGAUGUCUUCAGGGUUCAGUAAUAAUUCAAAAUUAAUGAACUUAAUGUUUCACUCCUGGUCUAACAGAAUGUUGUUUUUGAAAUAAGUGUGGGAGAAAUGUGUAGAUUCAUUCCAGCAUCAUUAUGUAAUUAUACAUUAGUUUUUUUCUAUACAUAUUUAUUGUUUCUACUGGUUGGGCUUUAACAUUAUUGGAGUAGUGAAGCUGAAUUGUUUUCGGACCAUUAAGUAAUAAGCUAGGUGCAGAUUUAUAAUUGAGAUGAUUUUUUUAUUCGUCCACAUAAACCUAUUGUCAGGAGACUCACUUAAGUUAAAUUAUGAGAAUUGUACACUUGUGAUUUUUUUUUUCAUUUGCAUCUACAGUGUGUUUAAAAAAUAACAAAAAACAAAAAUCUAGUAGACAUUUCAGCCAAAAUUUUAAGGUAAGGGACCAAUUUCAAAUAACUUGCUUUGUGUGCAUCAAAGUGCAUGAUUUCAUAAAAAAUAAAGUAACUACUUCCCAGUAAUUUAGUCAGCAUAAGAUUCACAAAUAUGAAAAGUAGGAAUUACAUUAUCCUUACAUUUGUUAAGAUCAUGGUAAUGUAAUUUAGAUUUUCCUGAUAUGAUGAAGUUAGAAAAAUGUUUUACAAAUUAAUGUAUGAAAGACUAAGAAACAUUAUAUUAAUUUUCUGUCACAUGCACACUUACAUUGGUAUAGUAAUUAUUUGCUUGAGUAUUUCAUAAGGGCAGAGCUUUGUGAAUAUUGUUAAAUUUAAUUAUCUAGCCCUUGAGGUCCUUCGAAAAGUUUUACAGAUGCUUUUUGGCAUACUGUUGGUUUUACUGUAAAACCAACUACUGUUACAGAGUGAAUGAAAAAGAUCAGAGUUUUAUUAGAACACCUCAUAUACUGUUUAACAUAUUCUAAAAGCAUAUGCUGCUUUAAUGACGUGUGCCUAAAAUGUCAUUCAGAUGGUUUGCAAGUUUUAUGUUUUCUCACGUUAAAUUGCUUACACGUGUACUUCCUGUCAUAGUGUUUUCUGAUCAUUGUAAGUUUGGUACAAUAAACUAUACUGUUGCUGGUUUCCUGAUAUUAAUGUUAAAUGUAA